GUAGGUAGUUAGGUAGGUAGGAUUAUCGUUGUCCUUUUUUCUUCUCUUCUCCCCCCUUCUCUUCUAGCUAGGCCUUGUUGGCCUUGAUGCAAGACAUACUCCCUAUGAAUUACUCUUUACUUACCCGCAGUAGCCCUAUGUUGACAAUGGGUCUUUUGUCACUUUCGUACACAGUCUAUCUUUAAUAACGACAAGAGUUCAAGAAUUAGUCAUUUCCAUUUCCAGUUUUUAAGUAUCCCUCUAUUCUCUAUGGAAGACAACACGGAUGACAUUAGCCCCUCGACGGUAUGGCCUCGUCGGAGGAGCGCUGCCAGUCGAUAGCGACCUCACAGCAUUUCCGGUAUGGACGGUCCGACGAGCAGGCUACCAUCGUCAUCGGUGGCAUCAGUGACCACGGCACAUCUCACUACCCGACGUAGCAUGAAGGAGACCUUCAACAGCGCUCCCGUUACUCCCAAUGCCAACACUUACAUGGACCCUCCCCGGCCGGCCAGAGAGGGUCACGAAUGGGUAUGGUUCCCGGCUGGCUAUUGGGCCGAGCGCGAGAUCGUCGAGAGCCCUGGAAAAGUCAUGAAGCAUUUCAAAUGGCGGAAGCGAUCCGGCAAGAGCAGUUCUGGGAAAGAGACAACGCAGGAUGACCUAGAUCAUUUCCCAAACAAUUUCUGGGAUCACACACCGAGAACGCCUUACCCACUACCAAGCCCCUUUCUUACGGAAGAAGCCCACGUCCAGUGGCUGCAGAAAUCGCCGUAUAACCGCCAAGGCACGAGUAGCGAGAGCGGCGGAUCUUCGUUCCCCCUGAACAGGACCGACCAGAUGGCGCAGCCUAGCCCCUACCUAUCCGAAGAGACGCAUGUGCUGUCCUUGCAGCGGUCGCCUCUGGCCAACAAUAGCAGCGAGAGCGGCGCAUCUAUAUCCAAGUCCACGAGGCUCACGCCGUCCUCGCCACUGACGACCGGGAAGGGGGAUUCGGACUCGGCUACCCCCCACGCGACCCCGGUAAGCCAGCCGCUGAGUACGCCGAGCGGCUCGCUCUCGUCGUUGCUGCGCUUGUCUCCGACUAGCCAGGAAUCCAAGUCCAAGAAAUCAUUCCUUGCGAGACUUCUCACCGACCAUAAUAAGCUGAAGAUCCAAAAAACCCAAAGCGACGACAACGUAUGCGAGUACACGCCCAGCACGCUCGACGACGCGCGCGCGCGGGCCCAGCUAAUUCACACGGGGACACCGCCCAUCAUGAGCCGCGUGACGUCGCUGCUACGCGAGGAGAGCAAGAAACAGCGUGGCGGUGGAUGGCCUCGCUCGCUGAAGCUCUUCGGCAAGAGCCCCUGGCACCGUAAGGCGUCGGCCGGCUCCGAGGCUAGUGCGUCGAGCUCCAUUCGCGAUUUGCUACGAGGCCGUACGCCGGUUACCAGCCCGGUGCCUGCUAUAGAGCCGGUGAAUUCGUUUUGCGUGCAGUUUCCGGGCGGCGAAGCCACACGAGUGAAGACCCCCCCGCUCCGAGAAAGCACCCACCGCGCCGGCGGCAGCGGCCGCCCCCGGUCCUUCUUCUUCGACAUCUCGAUGCCGCCGCGGCGGAUAAGCAGCAUCAGCCUUAGCAGCGUCGGGAGCAGCUACAUCAGCAACGAGACUACCGGCAGCAACAACAGCAGUGGUGGUAGUAGUACCAGCAGCACGGGCCCAGAAUCCCUCUGCCACUCUCCUCCCCCGACCGCGAUACCGCACAACCACCUCGAGAGGGCCGAGCCGAGGGUCCAGACAACAUCACAAACAACGCAAACGCAAACGCAAACACUGACACAGACCAAGACGCAUAAUAAUACAAGAAAAACCCAUGCCCAGACCCAGACCCAGCAGACGCACAAGAAAACGAAAACCCACACCCACAAACGCGCCGUCUCGACCCCCUCAGCAAAAGAGUGGUGGGAAGUCCCCAACGCCGUGCCGCGCUACCUCGCCAUGGCCCCCAGCGCCUUCGAGUUCGACAUGCCGGAGCACCUGCCCAACAGCCCCAUGUGUCCCGCGAACAAGCGGCACAAGUCGGGCGGCACCGGCGUGUGUGUCUAUCACGGGCGGAGGAAGAGGAGUGAUGGUGUCGGUAGUGUUGGGGUUGGGAGUCAAGGAGGGGGGGGGUUCAGUGAUGAGGAGGAGGAGCAGGAGGGCGGGGGGAAAGGGGGUUGA